CAUUCACAGAAGCUAUAAGUAGGCUGAAAAAGGGCCAGUAUACGCAUUCAUACAAUUUCUACCGAAUCGUUCGGUUGUUGCUGUAAGAAUAAAGUUAAAUUGAACAUGUCUGGACGUGGUAAAGGAGGAAAAGCGAAGGCGAAGGCGAAGUCUCGCUCGAACAGAGCUGGACUCCAGUUUCCUGUCGGUCGUAUUCAUCGUCUAUUGAGGAAAGGUAACUACGCAGAACGCGUUGGCGCCGGAGCACCAGUUUACUUGGCUGCAGUUAUGGAGUACUUGGCCGCUGAAGUUCUGGAAUUGGCGGGAAACGCUGCGCGGGAUAACAAGAAGACUAGGAUCAUUCCGAGACAUCUACAACUGGCUAUCAGAAAUGACGAGGAAUUGAACAAACUUUUAUCUGGAGUUACCAUUGCUCAAGGUGGAGUCCUGCCCAAUAUUCAGGCUGUGCUUUUGCCUAAGAAGACUGAGAAGAAGGCUUAGAGACACCGGAAAACGAUCAAACAAAUGGCCCUUUUCAGGGCCACAAUUGAUAAAACGAAGGAAAACAAUUCGUUAUUACUCAUACCUAUUCUCCCAUAUUCCCCAUUAAUUAUCUAUUCUAAAACAAGUAAAUUCUACGAAAUAAUUUUAUUUGCUGCUAUGCUAUACAAUAUUUUAA